GAGCUAGUUGAGGCCAAGCUACUACUGAGUUUUAGAAGCGUUGCAGAUUGAGAAGUAGCCCAGGGAAACAAGCUCCUGCGGGUCUUCUCUAAUGUGAAGGAAUUAACUCUAUCUUACCCGAUUCUAGAGGACCUUGCCACAAGAUAUGAGCUUCCUCUGUUCAGUAAUAUGAUCAAGUUCACAUCGGAUUUGAUAAAUUCUACAACUGUUAAGGGCCUUUGGGCGAUACUGAGAAGAUCUCCUCAUCUUCAAAGCCUCUACCUUAAACUGGGAUUCAAGUACUAUUCGGAAAAUGGGAGAGAAGAGUUGCUGCACCAAGUGCCUUCGUGUUUCCUCACAGAGCUCACAAAGAUAUCUGUCAAGUUUUGCAAUGGGAUAAAUGGUCCUGAAGAGCUCUACAUGGUUGGGGUUUUCCUUGAGAAGGCUGUGGCUUUGAGAGAAAUGGUUAUCCAAUUUCCCGAGGACUAUGUGGACAAGGAGAAUCAGCUGCAGAGUUUACGUAAGUUUCCCAAGGGAUCAAAGGAAUAUCGAAUUUCAUUGCAACCACAAUCUAGGAGUUGAGAUUGGAAACCUUGGAGGAUUAGUUUAGGCCAUCAUAAUAUAUAGAUGCAAGAGUCGAAGGGGCAAUUCAACUUCUAUUGGUACUUUUGUUCAACUUUUUUUGGUACUUUUGUUCAACUUUUUUUGGUACUUUUGUCAGGUAUCACUUUGUUUAGUUAUGUACUUUGCAAGUCUGAUGUGAUUUUGUCCUUAGAGGCACAACAGAGGAAAUAUGCAAUCUAGAAUCCUUUGUCUAGAAGAGGUUCUUGUACUAAACUAAGUAUUGGGAAAAGAAACUGGUAAAUUCUUAGGAGCUUAAAUGAAUGAAUUCUUAUGAAUAUUUC